AUGUCAGGCUUCUUUGUAGCAGUGGAUGCGGGUGGGACAUCGACAGAGGCUGCAUUGACUGACGAGCAUGAUCAUGUUGUAGCACGCGGAUCGGCUGGCCCAGGUAGCUAUGCGGCGAUGCCCCUGAAUGUAUGGACAAGAGUGAUUCAAUCUGCCGUGCAAGAUGCGUGCAGCAGCAUUGCAUCCGUGUCGCAACCUCUUGUGUUGCGGCACAUUUGGAUCGGUUCUGCUGGUAUCGAUACACCCACCAGUGUGCAUGAUGCUACAAAUGCCCUGAGACAGAUAUUUGGUCCGACGACGGCACUGACAGUUACCAAUGAUGCGGCCCUCCUGUGCACACACAAUGAGGGCAAAGCCAGCGUCGUAGCUAUUGCCGGCACAGGUAGUGUCGUCCUUGCAUUUGAUGUGCAACGCACACUCAUCAAGCGUGUUGGCGGUCUAGGUUGGAUUCUAGGUGAUGAUGGCAGUGCCUAUGCAUUGGGACGUGCUGUCCUACGCGCAGUCGUAGAUGCAUAUCCGCUGCCAUCGACGACACUAGCGAGCGCCUGCCUCACAGCAUGGCACAUGCCAUCGGCUUCAUGUGUGACAGAUCUUUUGAAAACUUUGUAUUCCAAUGACAAUGCAAAAGCGCGCAUUGCCAGUCUUGCACCAGUUGUCGUGCAAGCUGCCAUGAGCGGCGACGCCUUAGCGAAGCACAUCGUUCACACGCAGGCCAAGCUUAUGGCCCAGCAAAUAAUGCGCGCAGCACAUUCGCUAGAGCAAACGUGCAUAGCUUCUAGGCCUGCACUACGCUUGGGUGGCUCGCUUUUCCACGUCGAUGCAUACAGGGAUUAUGUGAUGCAAGAAAUACAAGAGAAGAAUUACUCGAGCGUAGCUGUGGUUCACGACAUAUGCGGCACAGCCGCUGCAGCACUACGAACAAUGCCUUAUCAAUGA